GUUCAUUCUACACAAAGACGCUAAUAUGGCCGGACAUAUGAUCUUUGCUUCUGUUCUCAUAGCUGCUAGUAUGGUACAUUUUUCGGUAGCGACUGAAGAAAUGUGCUCAAAAUUUUCGUAUGAAAAGGAAAUUAUUGCAAACAUGCUUAAAAUGGAACUCAAAGUUGAAAAAAUGGAACAAGAAGUCAAGAAAAGAAACGAAGAUAUUGUAACAAUGCUUGACACUCAGAAGAAGGAAAUGGAGAAGUUUGCAAAUGACUAUAAAAAUCUUCGAGAUAUUCUUGUAGUUGUGAUGGAAAACAAAACUGCAGCUGUUAACUCUUUUCUUGAGGAUAAAGCGGUAAACGUAUUAGACGACAAAAUAGCAGAAGUUGAUGAUGCGUUGAAAAUAAUGACCAGAAAGGUUGAUGAUGUAUUAAAAGGCGUUGUUGAAAAAUAUCAGAAUGUCUCUACUGUGGCAUUUUCAGCAGCUGCAUCCAAAUCUCAAAACAAGCCUAGAGAUCACCAAAUCAUUCUUUUCGAUUCGAUUCAGACGAACAUUGGUGACGCAUACAAUGUCAACUCCGGUCAAUUUACAGCACCUGUAGCCGGGACCUACGUGUUCACUUGCAGCUUAUUUUCUGGGGUUAAUGUCGAGUUUUGGGCUUAUAUUGCUGUAAACAAAACUCCAAAAGCCCUUUUGAACGAGAGAGGGACUGAUGGUCGACAUGGAAUGGCAAGCCAAACACUGAUUGCACACUUGAAUCCGGGGGACGUUGUUACUGUGAAUACGAACUACGGUGGCGGGUCAAUAAAUGGGGGCAAAUAUUCCACUUUUAGUGGUUUCUUGCUUCGAUAGGAGUCAUUUAUCAUCGCCUACUUUGGCAAAUAUCUCAUAUACAAUAACAUCUAAUACUGUGUAUUUAAAUAUGUUUAUUGCUUUGUAUAAAAAUAAUUUCGGUCUCAGCGGUGUUAAUCACCAAUUUAACACCGGUUUGGAAUGUUGGUGCGAAGGAAUUGACCACGAAAGCCGUAGGCCUGAGUAGUAAAUUCAUUUGGAUCAAAACGAAAAACGGAGUUAAAUAGGCUCAAACCAAUAUUAUUUUGAUCUUAACAUGACAAAAUAAGGGUACAAAUCACUUAUGCUAUUUUUUCAAGUCUGCCGAUAUCGUAUUGUG